UGAUGUUCAGACAGAGGCAGCCAAUCAGAUUUCGGUUUUGUUUAUUGGCGGUAAAUUUUUGUAGACCCUCAAACGAGGCGAAUAGUGUUAAUUUCGAAUUUGAAUCAUCAACAGACGAUAUGGAGCACGAGAGAGAGUUGUCUCAACUAGAUAUUCAGGAAUACUUUGACCAAGCAUUUAGCUGUCCUGUCUGUCUGUGUCCUAAACUUCGAAUGGUGUAUGGGGCUUGUCAGCACAAAGUCUGUGUCGACUGUCUUUACGACGAGAAAUGCACGAGAAAUACGGCUCUGGAUAGGUGCCCGGUUUGUUUAAAAGAUGGAGUUUUUCCUUUGAUGAUGCCUGAUAUACCAAAGGACAACGAGAUGGUGAUGUUUUUGGCUGGAGUUCGAAAAUGUAAUGCUCAAGGUUGCCAGGAACAAUUUUGGUAUUGGGAAAUGGAGUCACAUAUAAAACAACACAACACAGAUACAAAGACACCUGAAAAAACGAAAGAAAUAAUAAAAGAUUAUCACCGUGACCGUGAACCAAUGAAAACUAGAACACAUCUAAACAAAAAGGAUUUUGCAAAGAAAAGGAAGCAAAUUGAAAUUGUGAAAGUUGAACUAAGAUCCAGAACUAUAUACAAAAAAGUUUCUUCAUCUCAUCUUUCAAAGAAAAUAAAUGUUCAAAAGCGAUAUGACGAUAUUGGCUCCUUAAAGAAUUUUCGUUUUGGGACACUAUGUUCUGGAGCAAAUUUUGACCUUUAUUUACCCAAAUUAAAUGAAGGUAACUAUUUGCAAUCAAGUGAUGCUUCAUUAAAGAAAUGA